UACAGUUUGGGGCAGUCUCCCAGUUGAUAGUCGGGGCUGUUCGUUCCCGUUUAGGGGGCUGAGUGAGGACAACCGUCAGGUCCCCUUCUCCCCUCCGUUGGGGUCCUGGGAGUAGAGGGAAUUGAGUCACCAGCCAGGCGUGUGUCAUGGGACUACUCUCCACUUUCAGAGGAGCGACCCGGCGUUGCUCCGGUCACUUCCUCACCAGUCAUUUCUCCCAAGCAGCACGGCGUGGGGAGCGGCCUGGCGGGGAGGAGCUAAGCCGCCUGCUGCUGGAUGACCUGGCGCCGACGCAGCGGCUGGAGCUUCUGUUUGGUCUGUCCCCAUGUCUGUUGGCUCUGCAGGCCGCCCGCCGCCGCGUGUCCAGACUCCUGCUCCAGGCCGGCAAGGCCGGGCUGCAGGGGGAGCGGGCUGACCUGCUCCGGGCGGCCGAGGCGCAGGGCAUUCCGGUUCUGCGGCCCAGACGGCAGAAACUGGACGCUCUUUGUAGUUACCAGGUCCACCAGGGCGUCUGCUUGGAGGUGAGCCCACUGCGGCCUCGGCCCUGGACUGAGGACGGGGAGGCCAACCCAGGCGACGACCCCCUGCAGCUGUGGCUCGUCCUCGAGUCGCUCCAGGAUCCUCGGAAUCUUGGGGCUGUGCUACGCUCCGCUCACUUCCUUGGAGUGGAUAAGGUCAUCACUAGCCGGAGAAACAGCUGCCCGCUCACUCCAGUAGUCAGCAAGGCCAGCGCAGGGGCUAUGGAGGUGAUGGACGUGUUCUCCACUGAUGACCUGACCGGUUUUUUACAGGCCAAAGCCCAGCAGGGCUGGCUCGUGGCUGGCACAGUGGGCUGCCCAAGGCCUGAGGUCUCUCAGUACUCCAAGGUCCCUAUCACUAGUUGCUUGGAUUUCUGCUGGGACCGGCCUACUAUCCUUGUGCUAGGAAACGAGGGCUCUGGUCUGUCCCAGGAAGUGCAGGCCUCCUGCCAGCUUCUCCUCACCAUCCUGCCUGGGCGCCAGCUGCCUGCUGGACUUGAGUCUUUGAACGUCUCUGUGGCUGCAGCCCCUGCCCCUGAGGAAACUGCAAAUGGUGCCUCUGGCCUUGGACCCCAGCCUCCCUUGCAGCUGCUGGAAGUGAACGGGCUCUGUCACCAUGGCAACCUGGGCCAGCGCCUGCAGGGCCAGUCCUAUGCCAGCUGCCAUUGA